CUUUAAGUGAUUAGUUUUAGUCAUUUGUAUAUUCUGCAGAAUCAUCAGCUUCAUUAAUACACCAUGUUGGUCAUAACUUUCAUGAGGUGUUUCAAAUGAAACCUGGGAGUUACGCAGAUCUUCCUGCUGCAAAAAUAGCAGAAAUGAUGAAAUCAAACAGUAUAGAUAAUGCUCCCACUCAGUCGCUUCUGAGUGUUGUGAAUGGUAUUCUUGAAGAAAGUGUUGAAAGAAGAAAUGGGGAAAUACCUCAUCGUGUGGCUUGCUUGUUGAAAAAGGUUACUCAAGAGAUUGAGCGGCGCAUGUCAACUCAAGCAGAACAUUUGCGAACUCAAAACAAUCUUUUCAAGGCUCGGGAAGAAAAAUACCAAUCGAGAAUAAGAGUACUCGAGGCACUUGCAUCUGGAACUAUAGAUGAGAGUGAGAUAUGUCCUAGCCAGUUUCAGCAGUUGAAGGGUGAGAAGAUCAAAGAGAAAGUAAAAAAGGUAGAUGAGAAUGAAGUUGUUAGGUUGAUAAAAGAGCAGGAGGACAAAAAUUUGGAAAUUUCAGCCUUGAAGGUAGAACUGGAAACAGCCAAAAGAACAUAUGAAGUACAAUUCUCACAGAUGGAAGAAGAAGCUAACAGUUUUAAAGCAGCAUUGACACGGAAGGUCCAAGAAUAUGAGCAUCAAUUGGAAGAAUUAAGAAAUGAGGCUGAAAAGAUCAACGAGGAAGUAAAAACGACAGAUGAAGAGGAAUCUAUUAAAUUCAUGAAAGAACAGGAGGACAAAAAAUUGGAAAUUUCAUCAUUGAAGCAAGAACUGAAAACAACAAAAAAAACAUAUGAAGUGCAAUGUUCACAGUUGGAAGAAGACGCUAAAGAUGCUAAAGCAGAAUUGACACAGAAGGCCCAAGAAUAUGAGAAUCAAUUGGAAGCAUUAGGAAAUAAGGUUGAAAAGAUCAAAGAGGAGGUAAAAACGGCAGAUGAAAAGGAAAUCGUUAGGUUGAUGAAAGAACAAGAGGACAAAAAUUUGGAAAUUUCAGCAUUAAAGCAAGAACUGGAAACAACCAAAAGAACAUAUGAAGUACAAUGUUCACAGUUGGAAACACAAGCUAAGGAUGCUAAAGCAGAAUUAACUCAAAAGUCUCAAGAAUAUGAGCAACGAUUGGAAGAAUUAAGAAAUAAGGUUGAGGAGAUCAGAGAGGAAGAAAAAAAGGCAGAUGAAAAAGAAAUCAUUAGGUUGAUGAAAGAGCAGGAGGACAAAAAUUUGGAAAUUUCAUCAUUGAAGCAAGACCUAGAAGCAACUAAAAAAACAAAUGAAGUACAGUGCUCACAGUUGGAAGGAGAAGCUAAGGGUGCUAAAGCAGAACUGGAACAAAAGUCUCAAGAAUAUGAGCAUCAAUUGGAAGAACUAAGAAAUAAGGUUAAGGAGCUUGAGGUUUCUUCUGAUUCAAAAGAUCAGAAGUGGAACAUGAAAAUGAACCAAAUGCAGACAGUUAUAAAAUUUCAAUUCAGUUCCCUACAGAAAUUGAAAUUAUCUUGGGAAUCCAUUAAGCACAAUGUUAUGAAAGAGCAAACGGUUUAUGCAGAGGAUUGUGAUCGGUUAGGUGUUUAUCUUAAACCACUGCUACAUGCAGCUGAGAACUACCAUGCUGUUCUUGCUGAAAAUCGAAAAAUGUUUAAUGAGAUUCAAGAAUUAAAAGGAAAUAUCAGAGUAUUUUGUCGAAUUAGACCAUUUCUUUCAGGCAAAAAGGAUAAACAAUCUAUUGUUGAACUCAUUGGUGAAAAUGAUUUGGUUGUGGCAAAUCCAUCCAAAGAAGGAAAAGAUGCUCUUCGAUCUUUUAAAUUUAACAAGGUUUUCGGCUCUGCCACAACUCAAGCGGAGGUAUACUCUGACAUUCAAUCCUUUAUAAGAUCAGUUCUAGAUGGAUAUAAUGUGUGUAUAUUUGCUUAUGGCCAAACUGGUUCAGGGAAAACUUAUACGAUGACUGGUCCAAAUGGGGCAACAAGCGAGACUAUUGGUGUUAAUUAUCGAGCUCUAAAUGACCUCUUCAAGAUUGCCACAAGUAGAGAAAGCUUCAUAGACUAUGAGAUUGGAGUUCAGAUGGUAGAGAUAUAUAAUGAGCAAGUCCGUGACUUGUUAAUAACAGAUGGUUCUCCAAAAAGACUUGGGAUAUUGACUCGAUCUCAACCAAAGGGCUUAGCAGUACCAGAUGCUAGCUUGUUCCCUGUGAAAUCACCUUCAGACGUGAUUAAGCUAAUGGACAUUGGACUUAAAAAUAGAGCCAUUGGUGCAACUGCUAUGAAUGAAAGAAGUAGCCGUUCUCACAGUGUUCUCUCAAUUCAUAUUUGUGGAAAGGACUUGAAGAUUGGUUCCACAAUGGUUGGUAAUCUUCAUUUGGUAGAUUUGGCAGGAAGUGAAAGGGUAGAUCGGUCUGAAGUAAUUGGGGAUAGGCUUAAGGAAGCACAACAUAUAAACAAAUCACUAUCUGCCCUUGGAGAUGUUAUUUUUGCCCUUUCUCAAAAAAGCCCCCAUGUACCAUACAGAAACAGCAAACUUACUCAACUUCUACAAACUUCUCUUGGUGGCCAAGCAAAGACACUCAUGUUUGUCCAAAUUAAUUCAGACAUAAGUUCAUAUUCUGAAACACUGAGCACUUUAAAGUUUGCUGAAAGGGUUUCUGGAGUUGAAUUAGGAGCUGCACGAAGUAGCAAAGAGAGCAAAGAAGUCAGAGAAUUAAUGGAACAGGUGUCUUCUUUGAAGAACGCUAUUUCUGCAAAAGAGGAGGAGAUUCAGAGGCUUCAAUUACUCAAAGGUUCAGUCGGUAGCAUUGUUUGGCGAAACCAAAUUCCACGAAGUAGAAGUAUUAAGCACUACGAAGCUGAUAACCAGCAACCGAUGGAUGAUCACAUACAUCAAAGUGAAUCUCUUCAUCAAUCUGAACUUAAUGGGGGAAAUAUAGGAAAGAAAGUUGCUGCAAAUGCAGAAACUUCGGGAUUUACAGAUUCUGAUUUUGAUGGAAAAUCAAGUGAUCUUUCUGACAGUAGUGUUGCUCCAGGCACAGAAACUGAUGGUUCUGAAAAUUCCAGUCUCACCGAAGGCAAAAAAUCAUCAGACAAGAGAUCUAAAGCAAUUCGUAAAACUGUUCAAGUGAUGAGGAAAUUAAGCCGAACUUCAUCUACGGCGACCACCCCAGUAAAGGACGACCCCGUGAAGAAGUCACCAGGUAUUAAAAAGAGCGUCAGUAUAGGCAACCUUAAACCUCCAAAACUGUGGAAGUAAAGUAGGAAGCAGAAGCUACAAUUUAUUGAUCUAGUCUUUCACUAUUUGACACGCACCAUGUAAAUAGAAUUGUUUCAUUGGUAUGUUCUAACACUUGAAUUUUAGUCAUUUUUGUGGGUGUUUGCAUCCAGUCCAAUUUUGUAUUCUUAAGUCGGAGACAACCCAAGUCCCCCACCACGGCAUCACCGCCACAAAAUAAAAAGAAAGAAAGAAAGAAAAUAUGCUAGUUUGUGUAUAAACAUAAGAGCUAAACUCCAUCAGUUUAAAAUAGAGAAGGGUUUAUAGCAAGCAUUCAACUAGCUGAUGUACAAAGUUUGAUACGCGUUGACAACAAUGUGCUGGUCUAUAUAAAAACUUAUAUUUUUAUUUCAAA